CCGGCCCGGCGGGCGCUAUAAGCGGGUUGCGGGGCGGCGGAGCGCCGGCGCGCCAUGGCGGAGCCCGCGCUGGGGGCAGCGCUGCCGCUGCGGGCGCGGUUGAGUUUCGCGACCGGGCAUUUCCUGAACGAUCUGUGCGCGUCGCUCUGGUUCACGUACCUGCUGCUCUACCUGCACGCCGUGCUGGGUUACAGCCACGGGCUGGCCGGCGGGCUGCUGUUGGCCGGGCAGGUGGCGGACGGGCUGUGCACGCCGCUGCUCGGCUACGAGACUGACCGCUCGGCGGGCUGCGGGGGCUACGGGCGGAGGAAGUCGUGGCACCUGGCGGGUACCACUUGUGUCCUCAUCUCCUUCCCCUUCAUCUUCAACCCCUGCCUGGGCUGCAAGGAGGGCACCCCACAGUGGGCGGCCUUCAUCUACUACCUCCCCUUCAUCGUCAUCUUUCAGUUUGGCUGGGCGGCCACGCAGAUCUCCCACCUCUCUCUCAUCCCUGAGCUGGUGACCAGUGACCAUGAGAAGGUGGAACUCACAGCUUUCAGGUAUGCCUUCACCGUCAUGGCCAACAUCACUGUGUACGGCCUGGCCUGGCUGCUGCUGAACCUGCAGGUGGAUCAGCCUGAGCGCACAGAGCACCUGGGCAUCCAGGAUGUCUCUGUGUUUCGGAACCUGUCCCUCAUCGUGGUGGGGCUGGGGGCCGUGUUCUCCCUCAUCUUCCACCUGGGCACCAAAGAGAAGCUGCACCCACCGGGCUCUGUGUCGCAGCCCCAGGAGAGCACACCCCUGCUGCAGAAGGAGCCCACGAGGUCCCCACGCUCACUGCUGGUCUGGAAGGACUGGCUGCUGGAGCCCUCCUUCUACCAGGUGGCAGUGCUCUACAUGGCCACUCGGCUCAUCGUCAACCUGUCCCAGACUUACAUUGCCAUGUACCUGACCAACUCGCUGCUGCUGCCCAAGAAAUAUAUUGCCACCAUCCCUCUGGUGAUGUACAUCAGUGGCUUCCUCUCCUCCUUCCUCAUGAAGCCUGUGAAUAAGUGGAUAGGUCGAAAUCUGACGUACUUUGUGGGAAUCCUGGUGAUCCUGGCCUUCGCCUCCUGGGUGUCCCUGAGCAGGGAGAUGGGAGCAGAGAUCUACGGGCUGGCCGUGCUGCUCGGGGCUGGCUCCGCUACCAUCCUGGUCACGUCCCUCUCCAUGACUGCUGACCUCAUUGGGACCAACACGCACAGCAGUGCGUUUGUCUACGGGGCCAUGAGCUUCACGGACAAGAUGGCCAAUGGCCUGGCUGUGAUGCUGAUCCAGAACCUGCACCCGUGCCCACGACAUUGCCCUGCAAGGACUGAACGAAGCAGGGAUGCAAUACGACGACACAGAGUGCGCAGAGGACAGGAGCCUGAGCAGCACGGUCAACUGAGCGGCGCCUUCAGCCACAGCGCUGCCCACACUGCUGAGCCUCACCUGGAGGGACCCCACGGAGGGGACGGCAGCGGGACGGGGCCUCGGCGAGCUCUGCCUCCUCUCAGGACUCGACCCGCCGUGCUGUGGGGACGCGAUGAAGGCUGUCCCCGUGUGUUUGCACAAGUGUAACACUAAGAGGGCCGGGCUGCAGGCGCGCUGCCGGACGGGGCGCCCGGCCCUCGGCUCUAACUCGCUUUGUAAGGUCAGUGUGUACACGUAGCACUUUUUUUAAAGAAAAAAAGAAGGAACAAACACA